CAGACCAGUCACUAACUAGCCUUUGUGAAUAAAAGUGAAACAUUUAUACAUAAAAAAUGAAGAUAAUGCUUCAUACAAUUAUUUUUACAAUAAUCACUUUAACAAAACUUUACAAUUGUUGUACCAUUUACGAUAUAAACCGGUAUGCAUAUUAUAAUAGAGUUUGUGAAAGAACAUACAAAAACAUUUCUGCUUACUGCUCAUAUGAUGGAAUAAAAAUUAUAAACGAUAAUACAACGAAAUUAUCCCCUGAAAUAUUUGCACGAGUUGAGAAUAUGUUUCGAUAUUUGGAUUCAUCAAAUGGCAGCAUAGAAACUAUCAAAUCUUUCACUUUCAAAAAAAUGUAUUCUUUGAAGUACUUGUUAUUGAACAACAAUCAAAUUUCAGACUUAGAACCGAACGCAUUUAAUUUAUUGAAUAAUUUGAAGUAUUUA